GUACUUGCCCUCUCGCCGCCACUAUAUCUCGCAUAUUGGGGCCAAUUGUCACUCACCUUGAAAUAAGCUCUUCAUAUUGUCGGCCGAAAUGGCUACAUUUGCUGAAGGGCGAUGCGCAAUGAAAGGGUCGUGUGGGUCCAAGGGAUGGUUUGGGAAACCUCUUCCAUGUCCCUACGACGGUCCUCCGGAACAACCAGAUGAUGAGACUCGCUCUUUGCUGGUCUCUGUCUGCGGGUCCGACUUCGCGGAUGGUCCUACCUGCUGCGACGAUAGCCAGCUCGAAAUUCUUCGUGACAACCUCAACCAAGCAGAGCCUAUCCUAUCAUCAUGCCCUGCCUGCCGAAAUAACUUCAGGUCUUUCUUCUGCCACUUUACUUGCACGCCAAACCAGGCUUCCUUUGUCAACGUAACAUCAACCCAGACGUCUUCGACAGGAAAGACCGCAGUAGCAUCCCUCGACUUCUUCGUCGGAGAGGAGCACGGGACGGGUUUCUUCGAUAGCUGCAAGAAUGUACAGAUGGGGGCUGCCAACACGUAUGCCAUGGACCUCAUCGGAGGAGGCGCCAAGGAUUAUCACGGCUUCUUCAGUUUCUUGGGCGAGGAGAAGGACCUCGGCAGCCCCUUCCAGAUCAAUUUCCCUACUACCGCGCCACCAGAUAUCAAUCCAUAUAAUCCUCCAGCCAGAAACUGCUGGGACAACGACCUUCUCAGUCGGUGUACGUGUAUUGACUGCCCUCAAAUAUGUCCAGAACUUGCCCCCAUUCCUGCACCCGGAUCCGGGCCCAGUUGUCACGUCGGUUCCGUGACGUGUCUGUCCUUCGUACUUAUCCUCAUGUAUUCCGCGUGCGUAUUCGCCUUCUUCUUCGGAUUCAGCAUUCAAGCUGUUCUUCGACGUAAGAAGGAGAAGAAAUACGACCAAGUAUUGUCCGCAGAGACCUCGUCAGAUACACCGCUUUCUCCACGAACUCACACCCAUGGCCUCAUCGGCGCGUCCUCAUUGGCCCGUUACGUCGACGGCGAACAAUCCAGCGGUCAUACCGACACCCGUAGCUUAGGCCGUGGUGUGCAGCUCCUCGACCCCAUAGAGACGGUUCAGCCACGGCAGUACCGUCUCAACUCAGUCCUCCGCUCCUUCUUCUACCGCCUCGGUCAAAUAUCUGCGUCAUCUCCGUGGCUCGUCUUGGCAGGCAUGUUCACUGUCGUCGGACUGUUGAAUAUCGGCUGGAAGAACUUCAGUGUGGAAACGGACCCCGUUCGACUCUGGGUGGCGCCCGAUUCAGAGAGCAAGGUGCAAAAGGAGUACUUCGACGAGCACUUCGGUCCCUUCUACCGCACGGAGCAGAUAUUCGCCACCGCUAUUCCCGCCACUGUCUCCCACGUUGAGGGCUCCGUCGAGCAGACAAGCACGGAAUCGAAGCCACCCGUACUUUCAUGGGAAACCCUAAAAUUCUGGUUCAAGGUCAACUCCGAUAUUCGCUCUCUUACUUCUUCACCAAACGGAUACCAGCUCUCCGACGUGUGUUUCAAACCCGCAGGACCGAGUGGCGCAUGUGUUCUCCAAUCCGUCACAGCCUGGUUCGGAGACGACAUCGAGAACACCACCCCAGACGACUGGGCUAAGCGCAUAGAGAAGUGUGCAAGCACCCCUGUGGACUGUCUUCCGGACUUCCAGCAGCCUUUGGGCCCGAAGUACGUCCUUGGAGGAGUCCCUGAUACAGAACACAAAUACUUGAAUGCGGAAGCUCUGGUGAUGACCGUCGUCGUCUCGGACUCUCUGGAUCCGGAGGUGCAGGACAAGGCGAUGGAAUGGGAAAGGACUUUGCGCGAGUACCUUGUCCGACUGAGCGAGAAUGCCCCUGGAGAGGUCGGGUUAGAGAUCUCCUUCUCUACCGGAGUAUCUCUCGAGGAGGAAAUCAAUAAGAGCACAAACACGGAUGUCAAAAUCGUCGUCCUCUCGUACCUUGCCAUGUUCGUCUACAUAUCGUUGACGCUCGGGAACGGAUUCGCGAACCAGGAGGAGGAAGGCGUUGUAUCGUCAAUACACAAUUGGGCGGUCAAUUUCCCGAAAUUCUUCACCCGUUCUCACAUAACCUCUUCCACCCUCUCGAUUGACUCUCGCAAUACUCCUCGAUUUUUCCCUCGCUUGCCUCGUAAGCUGUUUAUCGGAUCGAAAUUCACCCUCGGCCUCUUUGGUAUCUCCCUCGUCAUCCUAUCCGUCUCGACUUCUAUCGGACUGUUCUCCGCACUUGGUGUCAAAGUGACUCUCAUCAUCGCCGAGGUCAUCCCUUUCCUCGUUCUGGCUGUCGGCGUCGACAAUGUCUUCAUCCUCGUCCACGAACUCGACCGACAAAAUAUGCUUCACGGUCCAAACGCAGCCCCGCCCGAACAGCCUCUCAAUUACGCUUCCGCCACCUCCCCUAUAUCUCGGCGCUCGCAAUUCGAGUCGCAUGAUGACUCCGUCGAUGCUCGGUCAGUGCCGUUGUACUUGUCGCCAGAGGAGCGUGUGGCGAGGACAUUAGCUAGGAUGGGCCCUUCGAUCUUACUGAGCACUAUCACGGAGACAUUCGCAUUUGCGCUGGGGGCUUUAGUACCAAUGCCAGCAGUCAGAAACUUUGCUCUGUAUGCGGCUGGUAGUGUGCUCUUGAAUGCAAUUCUGCAAGUCACGGUGUUCAUCAGUGCUCUCGUGCUUGAUCUGCGACGGGUUGAGUCGAACAGGGUGGACUGCUUCCCGUGCAUCAGGUUGCCCUCUCGAAUUCAACUCCUGGAGGCCGCCCCUACAGCAACUAGCAUCGGUACACUAGCGCGACUCAUUCGCAAAUACUAUGCUCCGUUCCUUUUGAAGCCUGUCGUCAAAGGCGUGGUGCUAGCUAUCUUCAGUGGAAUCUUCGUUGCAUCCGUGAUUUCUAUGCAGCAUAUCGAACUCGGUCUUGAUCAACGGUUGGCUUUACCUUCAGAGUCUUACCUGGUCCCCUACUUCAACAGCCUGGACGCUUACUUAGACGUCGGGCCACCCGUCUACUUCGUCACGCACGAUGUUGACGUCACCCACCGAGAAGGCCAACGUAAUCUUUGUGGCCGGUUCACAACCUGCCAGGACGGCUCCGUCGCAAACGUUCUCGAGGCCGAACGCAAGAGGCCAGACGUCUCAUUCAUUUCUGAACCCACAGCGUCAUGGAUCGACGACUAUUUCGCCUGGCUCAACCCCACAAAUGAUGCUUGCUGUCGUGUCAGGCGACGGGACCCCACAGUUUUCUGUUCAGAACGCGAUUCGCCUCGGCUCUGUCGACCAUGCUUCGAAGGUCACGAACCAGCCUGGAAUAUUACGAUGAGCGGCUUCCCAGAGGGCGAGGAGUUUAUGCAAUACAUCCAACAUUGGCUCGAUUCGCCCACGACGGAAGAGUGUCCACUCGCUGGGAAGGCAUCGUUUGGUACGGCAUUGUCGCUCAGCCCAGACGAGGACAACAUCGUGGCGUCACACUUCCGCACCUUCACCAAACCCUUGAAGAACCAGGCCGACUUCAUCAAUGCCUUUGCUGCCGCACAUCGUGUCGCAAAUGACCUUUCGGAGCAGACUGGAGCUACCGUGUUCCCAUACUCGCUCUUCUUCGUUUUCUUCGACCAAUAUGCGCACAUCGUCUCCAUUACGCAAGAGGUCCUAGGCCUUGGCCUCGCCUCGGUUCUGAUCAUGACAGCGCUCCUGCUUGGGUCGUGGAGGACAGGUACGAUCGUUACCGCCGUGGUGGCGUUGACAGUGGUCAAUGUUAUGGGUGUUAUGGGCAUCUGGGGUAUCAGUCUGAACGCGAUCAGUCUCGUCAAUUUGGUCAUCUCGUUGGGUAUCGCGGUCGAGUUUUGUGCACAUGUGGCGCGAGCGUUCAUGAGCUGUGGCUCUGGUUUGCCGACCGACCAUCCUGCGGGGCAAAAGGAGCGGGAUGAGAGGAUGUGGACGGCGUUGGUGGACGUGGGUCCUUCGGUCUUAUCGGGCAUCACGUUCACUAAGCUCAUUGGGAUGUGCGUCCUGGCGCUUACACGGUCAAAGCUGUUGGAGAUCUACUACUUCCGAAUGUGGCUCACACUCAUCAUUUCUGGAGCACUCCAUGGGCUGGUCCUUCUCCCCGUCAUCCUCAGUUUGACAGGUGGGCCUGGCUUCCCUCUCCAGGAGGCGGAUGAAGAAUGGAUGUCGAACGCCAUCAGAAACGACUAUGAAUACACGCCCUUCCUUGCUGAUGAUGACUCAGUGCACAGCGAUUAGAACCCUUUUCAUGUCUUUGUAUGACCCUAGGAUAUUUCUGCGAUUUUUGUAAUGGAGCAAUGGGACCUCGCAAGUCCACAUACCGUGUUUUGGACAGACACUAAGUAGUACAAGAGUGAACAAAAAAGAAAGUGUCUGAACACAAGAAGCACUGAGCAACAAACCAGCCCCUACGCAUCCUUGACAGGGGGAGGGGACCUCGACCGCGAAUCACGAAUGUCAUCCCUGCUAGGACUUCUCCUUCCCCGACUGUACGACACAGACCGACUUCGACUCCUGCUGUACCUCGAAUACGAAGAGUACGACCUCGAUCGAGACCUCGGCGUGAUCGAACGCGUACGCGAACGACUCGAGCGCACAGAAUAACUCGGUGACCUCGUUCUCGACCUUCCUCUUCCAUAUCCUCCCCUCUCAUAACUCGGCGACCUCCUCCUCGGCGGCAACCCUCCAACUCUCCGGAUAGGCGAACGCGACCUCGAGCGCGAUAUAGGUCGGUAAGGACCCCUGUCCCUCGGAGGGAGCCUUCUCCCAUAGGGUCGACGGUAGGAGUCGUCAGGACGGCCAAAGGGCCUCCUGGCACCACCGUAUCUGGGGGAACGGGAACGAGAGCGAGAGCGAGAUAAAGAGCGGGCUCUACCGCGACGAGGGGGUGGAGAGCGGGUACGGGAGCGAGAGCGUGGGCGGACGGGGAGGUCUGAGAGUUCGACUUUGACGAUGGAUCCGUCGAGUUGACCGCCGUCCAUGUGGGAGACGGCUUUGCGCGCAGAGGCAGGCUCUGCGUAUUCUAGGGCUGCUUUGCCUCUGUUUUGGCCGGAUUUUGGAAAGGUAGGGAGAUCAAGUUUCGUGAUCGUGCCAUAGAAGCCGAAGAUGGUUUGAAGGUGGCUUUCGACGACGUUACGCGUCAGGUUGGUGAUAACGACGACUUUUGCAUCAGAGGAGCCAUUCUCCAUAUCCACGUCCAUGUCUCGGGCUGCAUCUGGCGAAGGCGAACGUCCUGCCGACAUAUUGCUUGGGUUGAACGGAGGAGAUUGUCG